CUCCUCCUAGAUGGAUGUUUGGAAUUGAACGGCGCAUGGGUACUUAUAAGGGAUAUGUGCGUAAUUAUGCUCGGCCUGAUGGAUCUAUUGCUGAAGCUUACGUGGUCGAUGAGGCUAUUACAUUCUUAUCUCGAUAUUUAACUGAUAUUGAAACAAGAUUUACACGCCCAGAGCGCAAUUGGGACCUCUCUAGUGAAGACUAUAAGAUGGACGUGUUUAACCACAAAAUACGAACACUUGGAGCUCCUAAAUUUGGAAAUCUAGGAUUAGAUGGGAAUGUGGUGCAAUGGUACCUUCUUAACAAUUGUGGAAGUGAGCUCGAUGAUUACAUAAAAGAGCAUAAGGAACUUAUUUGCUUGACAAGCUCACGUGCACAAGAAUGGGACAAUAUUCACAAACGUGAAUUUCCUGCUUGGUUCAAGAAAA